UUGCCAUCUCGUUGUUUGUGGAUGACUUGACAUUUGGUGAAUGUGAUAAGCUGGUGCAAAUAAUAUUAAAAAUACUGAAAACCUUCCCCAUUCCGCCACCAACAGCGCUGUUAUCGCGACUUAUUUUGGUCACGUGACCUUUCGAACCGCCAAAAUAAUUGUCAUUUCUCACCGUCGCCACAAUUUUCCGUUGGUUUCCGAGGUAUUUAUCAUAAAAAAAUCAGUGUGGUAUAAUUUAAGUACUCAAUUUGAGCAUUCUGGUACGAUUCGAGCUAAAAAAACAUAUAAAUCCUGUGUGCGGACGUGGAAUAAUGGCCAAGGUUCACAUAACCAAUGUCGUUGUUCUCGACAACCCGAGCCCUUUUCUCAACCCGUUUCAAUUCGAAUUGACCUUUGAAUGCAUAGAAGAGCUGAAGGAGGACCUAGAAUGGAAGAUGAUAUACGUCGGUUCAGCGGAAACGGAAGAGCACGAUCAAGUUUUGGACACGAUUUACGUCGGGCCUAUACCUGAAGGUAGACACAUGUUUGUUUUCCAAGCGCCGCCGCCGGACGUGACCCGUAUACCAGAAAAUGACGCUUUAGGCGUCACUGUUGUGCUCCUAACGUGUUCAUACAGAGGCCAGGAGUUCGUUAGGGUCGGAUAUUUCAUAAAUAACGAGUACACAGAAGCGGAACCAGAGUUACGAGAAAAUCCGCCGGCGAAGCCUCAGUUUGACAAAGUAGUGAGGAAUAUCUUAGCUUCUGAGCCUAGAGUGACCAGGUUUAAGAUCAAUUGGGCGGAGCCCGACGCGGCGGCGGCUACAGACUCGGGUGAUGGUAAUAUGGAAACGGUGCAUGGGCCUAGCAAUGAUUCUUAUGGAGCAACAUUCAAUGCGGACUCUCAAAUAAGCGCCCUGGAGUUCGGGCAAGGCAGUUUGAGUGGUUACGGUGAUAAUUCUAAUUCAAUAGCGCCUAUGGAAUGCUGAG